CUUGUCUAGCAGCAGCGUAGACUGACUGUGCAGCAGACAGUCGGAUGUUGUGAAGAACAGGGACGCAGCAGUUUACAAGCUAUGGCAUCUCCCAACAUUUUCUCCAGAGUUUUCGCUGCUGUGAAGUAGCUGUAACCAAAACAAGAAGGUGGGAGCGUGCACACAGUUUCCAUGGCCGUGGGCUGAUGUGCGAAGCGAUGCGGCACCACUGGCUGCUCCUCGGGGCUUGCGGCUGGGUGCUACUCAUCCUCAUGUUUGUCAGCAAGUUCAUCAACUUCAGAGCUGUAGAUGACUAUGGAGAGAGGGUUGCUGGUCAGAGUUGGACAGUGUCAGGAACCAAAGUGGUUAAGCUUAUUCCUGUGUCCAGCCCAGAAAAACCAGCUCCAAAGCCGUCAGAUCAGCCCUCUGUUCCACCUACAGCGGUAGACUGGCAGUCAGUUGCUGACAAACGAAUCGAGCUGCUUUCAACUGUAUGUAAGAACAGCAGCCUCAGGAAUUUGACUCACGUCUCCAUCAGCAAGUUUGUCCUGGACCGCAUCUUUGUCUGCGACAAACACAAGAUCUUGUUCUGCCAGACGCCUAAAGUGGGCAACACGCAGUGGAAGAAGGUCCUCAUUGUGCUCAAUGGAGCAUUCCCCACUGUGGAGGAGAUCCCAGAAAACCUUGUUCAUGACCAUGAGAAGAACGGCCUGCCCCGCCUCUCAUCACUCACUCCACAGGAAAUUACUCACAGAUUAAACACUUACUUUAAGUUUUUCAUCGUGAGAGAUCCGUUUGAGCGGCUGAUUUCUGCGUUCAAGGACAAGUUUGUAAAGAACCCACGUUUUGAACCUUGGUACAAGCAUGACAUUGCUCCGGUCAUCAUCCGUAAAUACCGCAAAAGCCAUCGUGACAGCGACCUCGCCGCCUCUGGCCUGCACUUUGAGGACUUUGUCCGUUACUUGGGUGAUGUGGAAGGCCGCAGGCGCAUGGACCGGCAGUUCGGUGAGCACAUCAUCCACUGGGUGACUUACGCAGAGUUGUGUGCGCCGUGUGAGAUCCACUACAGUGUGGUAGGCCACCACGAGACGCUGGAGCAAGAUGCCCCCCACAUCCUCAAAGCGGCGGGCAUCGACCAGCUGGUGUCCUACCCAGCCAUUCCUCCAGGUAUCACGCGCUACAACAAGACCAAGGUGGAGCAUUACUUCUCAGACAUCAGCAAGCGAGACAUCAGGCGUCUCUACGCACGUUACCAGGGCGACUUUCAACUGUUUGGUUACCCGAGCCCAGAGUUUCUACUGAACUAAAAUGAUUAACCCUAACUACAAGACAUGUUUUCAUAUCAAAUUCUCUCGACAUCUUGAGACAAAGGUGUAUCGUAGCUGACCGUGUGCCACAGAACUGGUUGGUACUCAGUAGAUGACACACUGUAACGUCUUUUCUUCUUAUUUUAGCCAUUUGUGCAGGAAUAACUGGUUGUUGCUAUGUCGGCUGUAUUUGCAAUGACUGAAAACGCGAUGCGUAUUUAACAUUUUUAUGGAGAGUGGAUUUUUAACUGAUACUGACAAAAUAUAGAGAAGGGAGAAAGGAAGUGAACACCGGCAGCUGCAUAUACCUCAGUAGCCAACACUUAACGAUUAACAGAGUCAAACAGUGAGAUUGAGCUGCAUAAUUUAUCGAUUUGCUGAUGAAGGUGCAGAAGAAGGUCAAUAUAAAGAUCAAACACAGGUACAGGUCAAAUGGAAACACACUUUUCUUCCUUAUAUUUAAUGUUUAUGACUGAAUGAUCCUUAAAGGUCAGAUAGGUAGGGAUACAGGCCCGUUACCCUGUAAUGUAGCUGUUACAUUGCACUGUGUGGAUCACCAAGCUAUGGACGAUGCCAUGCGUUACAACAUGUUGUGUCUUCUAGACGUAGGUGAAGAUAAUGUGUAUCAGGGAUGCUAACUUUUUUUGGACAAGGAGGGUGAAAGGCAAGAAUUGAUACCGCCUCAUUGAUGUUUUUAUAACAUACAAAUCAAUUUUUACCUUUUUUUUUUUUUUUUAACAAUCAGUAUUUCUUUAAUGAAAGGCAUAUUGAUGUCUUGUAAGAAUGUCGUUAAAUAGCAUCAAAAUGGUCAAAAAAUUGAACCAAGACCUUGAUGAGUAUUGCACAGAGGGUCAGUUUUACCCAGAGGCCCAGCUUUGUCCAGCCCUGAUCCAUAAGAACAGGUAUCAACUGCUUUUGACUUCAUUCACUCAGCUGUUAAUGGCAACGGGACAUUGAAGAAAACAGGAUUUUAAAGGAUUAUUUUAUAUCCUCGGUCAGAAAUGUAUUGUGUAAUGUAUGUAUGUAUGUUCUUAACAUGACUUGCAACUCCAACAUUUGUAUUACGUGUUGCUAUUUAUAAUGUUAUUAACCUGCUGACUAGUGGCACAAACAGUGUUUCAACUGUAAGACAGUACUGCCUCCAUGCAACCUCCUGGUGACCUUUUUGGACAGGUGGUUGUGAUACAAGAACACAAGUUAGUAAUAAAGUUCCAUGUAAAAUAA